UUAUUUAUUACCUGUGUUUAGUAUGUAACCGUGAAAUAAACCAGUGGAUUCUUAAAUGGACACAAAUAAUUCUUGGAUUAUGUGUCUGAAUUUUUGCUGCACAACAUUCUGAUGUUUAAUCAUUUAAGUUUGAAGGGGGGAGGAAAAUGUAGUACUUUCAGAUGUAGGUUGUCUAUUCUAAGGUAUGCAUUGUAUUCAUCUGUGUAAAGGAUGUAGAUGAAGGUAGUCAUGUAGUUGCUUUGAGUUUUUCUGCUGAAGUGUAUGCUGUGAAAUGUUUGGUUAGGAACAGUAGAAUAGUUUAGAUUGAGAUUGCCUUGUAAUGUGAUUUUUUUAUUAUUUUGCAUAGCCUUGUGGUCACUGUCAGAUACACUCAACUUUGAUAUGUCAAAUUUUCACAUUUUGAUAGGUUCUGUUUUUCUUCCAGUCUUCAGUUCCUACAGUGGGAAGCAUCAUUAGCCUUUAGCAUGUGAUAUUUUGCUAGUAAUGGACCUAAAUACUUUGUCUUGUAUCAUUCUAAAGUGCUUAACAUACAUUAAGAUCAACCAGAUGCUAAGAAAGUUGCUCCUCAAAAUGACUCUUUUGGAACACAGUUACCACCGAUGCAUCAGCAACAAAGCAGGUCUGUAAUGACAGAAGAAUACAAAGUUCCAGAUGGAAUGGUUGGAUUUAUAAUUGGCAGAGGUGGUGAACAGAUUUCACGCAUACAACAAGAAUCUGGAUGCAAAAUACAGAUAGCUCCUGACAGUGGUGGCCUUCCAGAAAGGUCUUGUAUGCUAACUGGAACACCUGAAUCUGUCCAAUCAGCAAAACGAUUAUUGGACCAGAUUGUUGAAAAAGGAAGACCAGCCCCUGGCUUCCACCAUGGUGAUGGACCAGGAAAUGCAGUUCAAGAAAUCAUGAUUCCAGCUAGCAAGGCAGGAUUAGUUAUUGGAAAGGGGGGAGAAACUAUUAAACAACUUCAGGAGCGGGCUGGAGUUAAAAUGGUUAUGAUUCAAGAUGGACCUCAGAACACUGGUGCUGACAAACCUCUUAGGAUUACAGGAGACCCAUACAAAGUACAGCAAGCCAAGGAAAUGGUAUUAGAGUUAAUCCGUGAUCAAGGUGGUUUCAGAGAAGUUCGAAAUGAGUAUGGGUCAAGAAUAGGAGGAAAUGAAGGGAUAGAUGUCCCCAUUCCAAGAUUUGCUGUUGGCAUUGUAAUAGGAAGAAAUGGAGAGAUGAUUAAAAAAAUACAAAAUGAUGCUGGUGUUCGAAUUCAGUUUAAGCCAGAUGAUGGAACAACACCUGAUAGAAUAGCACAAAUAACAGGACCUCCAGACCGAUGUCAGCAUGCUGCAGAAAUUAUUACAGACCUUCUUCGAAGUGUUCAGGCUGGUAAUCCUGGUGGACCUGGACCUGGUGGUCGUGGAAGAGGUAGAGGUCAAGGCAACUGGAACAUGGGACCACCUGGUGGACUACAGGAAUUUAAUUUCAUUGUACCAACUGGGAAAACUGGAUUAAUAAUAGGAAAAGGAGGUGAAACCAUAAAAAGCAUAAGCCAACAGUCUGGUGCAAGAAUAGAACUUCAGAGAAAUCCUCCACCUAAUGCAGAUCCUAAUAUGAAAUUAUUUACAAUUCGUGGCACUCCACAGCAAAUAGACUAUGCGCGGCAACUUAUAGAAGAAAAGAUUGGUGGUCCAGUAAAUCCUUUAGGGCCACCUGUACCCCAUGGGCCCCAUGGUGUCCCAGGCCCCCAUGGACCUCCUGGGCCUCCAGGGCCUGGAACUCCAAUGGGACCAUACAACCCUGCACCUUAUAAUCCAGGACCACCCGGUCCUGCUCCUCAUGGUCCUCCAGCUCCUUAUGCUCCCCAGGGGUGGGGAAAUGCAUAUCCACACUGGCAGCAACAGGCCCCUCCUGAUCCAGCUAAGGCAGGAACGGAUCCAAAUUCAGCAGCUUGGGCUGCCUAUUAUGCUCACUAUUAUCAACAGCAAGCACAGCCACCACCUGCAGCUCCUGCUGGUGCACCAACUACAACCCAAACCAAUGGACAAGGUAACUAUGGAGAUCAGCAGAAUCCAGCUCCAGCUGGACAGGUUGAUUAUACCAAGGCUUGGGAAGAGUAUUACAAGAAAAUGGGUCAACAAGGGCAGACACAAGAUUAUUCAAAAGCUUGGGAGGAAUAUUACAAGAAGCAAGGUCAAGCAGUUCCUGCUCCUACUGGUGCUCCACCAGGUGGUCAGCCAGAUUAUAGUGCAGCCUGGGCUGAGUACUAUAGACAACAAGCAGCCUACUAUGCCCAGACAAGUCCCCAGGGAAUGCCACAGCAUCCUCCAGCACCUCAGUGCCUUCCCAGACCUUCCACCUUAGGUUCUGCUGCAAAAAGCAACAGUGCUGAAGAUGCUGCAAGCACCAAAUCAUAGCUCAUAAAAUCAGGUCCUGAGAUAGUUACCCAUAAAGAGGAAUCCUUUGAGUGUAUGCCAUUGGUGAGCCGAUGAGCAUGGACCAUAGAAGGGCUCAAUGUAGAAGGUAAAAUUGGCAAAUCAUAAUUGAAAAAUAUGAAAUGUAUUCCCAUACAUAAUAUGGUAUAGGGUGUAAUGUACCUGCUUUUGAUCACUUUUCAUUUUAAAGUGCUAUUCGCUUGAUCUUAAAUGUUCCAUGAACUGUUAAAUUUUGUAAGUUGUGUAGUUACUGCACCACAUUUAUGUGUGUGUAUGUAUUGUUUUAAUAGAUGAUAGGUAUGUUAAGAAUGGUAAUAUAAAGGAGCUCUUUGAAACUAAAGAGCCUGUCAAGUUUUGGUUAGUCGUAGUAUGCAUUUUUAUAAAAUAUAGAUGAAUGCUAAUAGAUUUUGGGGCAUUGUUUCUAUCUCGAGAGUUUUUUUUAAUUCAUUACCAUAAGCCUUCACUGAUACUGCAUUUUUUUAAAAUGGCGCUAAUCUUAACCAUGAAAUAAAUGGAAAGCAGAAAAGGUGAGCCAGUUGACUUGAAUGCAAUGGAUGUUAGGAGUGGUAGAAACAAUGUUUAGAUUGAAAUUUAACUGAUUUAUUUUAUUUAGCACUUAAAAAAAACUUGACAAUGUGUUUCGUUUUUUAAAAGAUAUUUUAGUGUGGUGAAACGUAGAAUUCUUAUGGUUUCAUGUUUCUUUUAGAAAUGAAAAGUAUACUUUUACUUAAUUAAUGAAAAUGGUUUUAAUACUAAAACUAGAGAUUUAAUACUAGUUGUUUAUAAACAUUAUAAAAUAUUUCCUUAGCCAAGCACCUUGGUAGUUAAUUCAUAAGGGUGGGUUUGGGUAGGAGUAGCAGAGUACCUUAAGAGGGAAAUAGGAAUAUAUGCAGAAGUGAUAACAUUUGUUUGAAUACUCUGCCAGGAGAACCAGCUCUACCUGGAAACAUCUGUUGUCUAGAAUAAGGAUGUAGAAAUGAUCAAUGAGGAUGUCUUUUUGUUUUCUGAAAAUUCUGCCUCAUUUUAAAAUGUAUUUUAACAAUACCUAAAGAUAAUUUUGACUCUGAAAAUAACCUUAUUUUUUGUUUAGUCACUUGAGUUUUCUUGCCACAGUAUAAAUUUCUGAGGGAUUUUUUAAACUGGUGCUUUUAAGAAGCAAAUCCCAAGGUUUUAUUUUCUUCAAUGAUAGCCCUAUAGAAACUCUUAAAUGUAUUUGCGCAUAUAUAUAUAUAUUUUUUCUUAUGCAUGCUCGAUGCAUUUUCGUCCUGAGAAAAGUGUUCUCUACAGAAACUACCCGUGUGUAAAAAGAAGAUUGGCUUAAAAUGGCUACUGUGAUGGGAACAGUGUCUUAGGGAGAUGCAGCUUGGACUUGAGGUAAAUUGAAUACUUUACAAACUGUGGUUUAGAGUUUGUUUUAAUGACAUUGUAUGUAAAAGGGCACAUGAUUGCUGUAAUUUUGUAUUGAUUAUGGUUUCCUCAAUAAAAAAAUAAAUGUACAUUGAUCAAUAUUA